AUGGGCCGCUACUCGGGCAAGACGUGCCGGCUGCUCUUCAUGCUGGUGCUCACCGCCGCCUUCUUCGUGGCCGAGCUGGUCUCAGGCUACGUGGGCAACUCCAUCGCGCUGCUGUCCGACUCCUUCAACAUGCUGUCCGACCUGAUCUCGCUGUGCGUGGGGCUGGGCGCCGGCUACGUGGCGCGGCGACCCCGCGGGGGCCUGGGGGCCACCUACGGCUACGCGCGCGCCGAGGUGCUGGGCGCGCUGAGCAACGCCGUCUUCCUCACCGCGCUCUGCUUCACCAUCGCCGUGGAGGCCGUGCUGCGCCUGGCGCGGCCCGAGCGCAUCGACGACCCCGGGCUGGUGCUCGUCGUGGGCGCGCUGGGGCUGGCGGUCAACGUGCUGGGGCUGCUCAUCUUCCAGGACUGCGCCGCCUGGCUCGCCUGCUGGGGCCCCCGCCGCCGCCCGCCGCCGCCGCCGCCGCCGCGCGAGCAGCCCCAGCCGCCCGCCCGGGGCCGCGCCCCGAGCGCCAUCGGGGGCCCCCGCCGGCCCGCGGCCGCCGCUGCAAGGCAGGACGAGCAGGGGGCGACGGUGUUCUCCAACGUAGCAGGUGAUUCUCUGAACACCCAGAAUGAACCAGAAGAGACUGUGAAAAAGGAGAAAAAAUCUGAAGCCCUGAAUAUCAGAGGUGUGCUUUUGCAUGUGAUGGGCGAUGCCCUGGGGUCAGUGGUCGUGGUGGUCGCGGCCAUCAUAUUCUAUGUGCGUCCCCUGCCCCCUGAGGACCCGUGUAACUGGCAGUGCUACAUCGACCCCAGCCUGACUGUCUUCAUGGUCAUUAUCAUUUUGUCAUCCGCCUUCCCGCUCAUCAAGGAGACUGCUGCCAUUCUGCUGCAGAUGGUCCCCAAAGGCCUGAACAUGGAAGAGCUGAUGAGCCAGCUCUCAGCUGUGCCGGGGAUUAGCAGCAUACAUGAAGUGCACAUCUGGGAACUUAUAAGUGGAAAGAUCAUUGCCACACUGCACAUCAAGUAUCAGAAGGACAGGGGCUAUCAGGACGCCAGUAGGAAAAUUCGAGAGAUCUUUCACAGUGCGGGUAUCCACAAUGUGACCAUCCAGUUUGAGCAGGUGGACUUGAAGGACCCCGUGGAACAGAAGGACCUGCUGUUGCUCUGCAGCUCCCCCUGCAUCUCUAAAGUCUGUGAGAAGCAGCUGUGCUGCCCUCCAGGGGCCCUACCCCUGGCCCACGUCAACGGCUGCGCGGAACACAAUGGCUGUCCCACUCUUGACACAACCCCGAGUGAUAGCUUCGCUAGGCAAGAAACAACAGAAGUGGUUAUCGAAGUAUCUUCGGACAACUGUCUGAGUGACCAUGGACAGGCUCUUAGCAAAACUCAGGAGGACCAACAUUAUGUCAACAGCACACAUUUUUAAUCUGGUCCCCACAUAAACAGACUGUAUAGACGAGGCGUUCUGGCUGGUGGAAAGACCUGUGUGGGCUGUAUCAAAUGUGCGGGGUGCUCGCUCUGUGUUCAGCGAGGGGCUGGUUGUUUGGGAUGUUAAUUGCAUGUAUCUGUUAAUUUCUAUGUGACUGAGAACUUUACGUUGUCCCCGGUGUCUCAGGCUGCUCUUCCACAAACUCACUGUUUUAGUUUGAACAUUUAUUUUAAGAAGCAAACCGUGCUCGUUAUCUGUGUCAGGGACAUUGAAGGCUGGGACUCCAUGGCUGUGGACACGGGAUUCAAAGCAGUUCCUGUUUUAUUUCCACUUUCUAAGGUACCACAUGAUUCAUGUAACUUGUAGCUGACUCUCAGGUGAGCUCAUAGCCACGUACACCGAAAAAGCUUAAGAAUCGUGAUAACUAUUUUUUUUUUCAUUCCACUAGAAGAUCACCAAAAAAAGGAAAGUUGGAUAGU